UCGGUAACACUCUCACAAGUUGCAGUCGAACAAUUAGAAUUGCCAGCCUCAAAUACACAUUACAUCACCUUUGUAUUGGCAUUUCCUAUGGAUGUGUUUAACUUCAUUGCUUAACAAUAUGCCUACUUCUCUGUAUCAUCAUUACCAAUAGCUACAUAAUCUGUGCAUUAAGUUUUAAGCGAAUAACAUUAAUCAUUGUAAAAUAAGCAACCUUUAUUUGGAGUAUUUGGAUCCUUAUACAGUAAUCUAUUGCAAUCAAUGGAGUUUUUGGCUGAAACCACCUAUUCACACAAGAUAUAAUCUGAACAAUUAGAAGUACUUAAGGUAGAAUGGUAUGAACAUUGUUUAUUAUUUAUGUCGUUGUAUUAAUUGCACCAUGUUAAUUUAGUAGUAUUUGAUGUAGGCUUAUCCGAGGAUGUAUUGUCUAUAGGUAUUUUUGAGCAAUCAUUAGUAGAAAUACAGGAAUUAUUGAUGAAAUAACACCUUUUAGUUUUUGUGUAAGAUUCACAUUCAGUUUAGGUUGCCAUUUAAUCACAAGUGUAAUUGCUACAAUUACUAUCUUCCGAUUAAUAAUUGCAAAUAAAAUUGGAAUCGUCUUUAACAGCCUUACAAUAGGCUGUUUUCUCAGCAUUAUUAGCCCCUUAUGCCACAUAAUUAGAACAUAGAGUUUGGUCAAUGCAAGGAGAGUUUGCGUUUACGAAUCGACAUUUUGAAUGAUAAUUAUAGCAAUCCUGAUGUUUUGUAGCUUAAGUAUAAUCUGAGCAUUAUCUAGUGGCGCAGUUAUUCAUUCUGUUACAUUUUAAUCCAUUUCCUAAGAAAUUUGGACAAGUUUAGGAUGUUCCAAUGAAUUUAUCACAUGUAGUAUCUUUAGGUGUGCAUCCAAUUCCAUUAGAGAUGCAACCAUCUAAGAAAUUGAGACAUUAUUGAUCAGUGAGUCCAGGCUGAGUGUUAUCAACACAUUACUUAACUUUGCAUUGAGAAUUACUACUGUUAGUACUUAAUCCAUAACAUGGUUAGUUAUUUCCAAUAAAUGUAUUGCACUAUUAUUGAGUACCAUAAAAGGCAGUGCAAUCUGAAGUAUCUUUGACGCAAGAACUCAAACCAUUCCAGACACACCCUUUUAAGAAUUUACCGCAAUCUGUAUUAUUCGUUAAUCCAACUGCCAAAUUACAGGUUUUUGCAAUGCAACUGGUUGUAGAAAUAGCCCCACUAACAUUGUAACAUUAUUAUCUCUCAGUGCUAUUAGAAAUGUAUCCAGUGAAUUUGUU